UUCUCCUUUUAAAACUCCAUCCUAUAUCUCUUUUCAUUUUCUUUCCACUGCAAAUUAUAUGAUUUCUUCUGCAACAUAUUAUUAAAUUUAAAGAUGUUCUUUCAUCAUCGUCUCCUUUUCCUUUCACUUGUUUCUGCCAUUUGCCUCGCAAUUUUUGCUUCUGGAGCCCCCCUUUUGGAAGUCAGUGAAGUGGAAGCUUUAAAAGAGAUAGGGCAGAAGCUAGGGAAGAAUGACUGGAAUUUCGAGGUAGAUCCAUGCAGUAGAGAAGAGAGUUGGGUUGCAGAGAUUCAAACAAAUGGAUUUGAGAAAAAUGUCAGUUGCGAUUGCUCCUUCUCGAAUGCCACUGUUUGCCAUGUUGUCAGCAUAAUGCUCAAGUCUGAGAAUCUCACUGGCACUGUCCCGCCAGAAUUGACCAGGCUCCGUUUUCUCCAACAAAUUGACCUCUCUCGCAACUAUCUCAGUGGCACAAUCCCGCCAGAAUGGAGCUCUCUGCCUCUUGUCAACAUUUCCCUUCUUGGAAACCAGUUAACAGGUCCAAUUCCAAAAGACCUUGCAAAUAUUACCACGCUUAAAAGUUUAGUCCUGGAAUUCAAUCAGCUUUCAGGAGUUUUGCCUCCAGAGCUUGGAAAUCUAUCAAGCCUUGAAAGACUCUAUCUUACCUCAAACAAUUUUACUGGGGAAUUGCCAAAAACUUUUGAGAAGUUGACCACACUGAAGGAGUUUCUAAUUGGCGGUAACAACUUCACUGGAAAGAUACCUGAUUUUAUUCAGAACUGGACAAACCUUACAAGAUUAUUUAUUCAGGGAAGCGGUUUGGAUGGUCCAAUUCCUUCCGGUAUUGGUGCUUUGAAAAAAUUAACCGACCUGAGAAUCAGUGACUUGAAUGGAAAUGAUUCGAAUUUUCCACUGCUUGAAAACUUGAUCAAUCUGGAGACACUGAUAUUGAGAAGUUGCAACCUCAUUGGAGAAAUACCAUUAUAUCUUGGGAAUAUUACACAAUUGAAAACCUUAGAUCUCAGCUUUAACAAACUUAGUGGAGUGAUCCCAAGCAACUUUACCGGUCUAGAAAUUGCGACUUAUGUAUAUUUAACUGGAAACUUGCUAACUGGACAAGUGCCUGGUUGGCUGGUGAACUCACGAAAGAAAGUUGAUCUUUCCUAUAACAAUUUCACUGCUGGACUCUCAGAGGUGUCAAACUGCCAAAGUGGAGCCGUGAACUUGUUUGCAACCUCUUCUAAGGCCAAUGACACAACUGGAAUUGUUUCAUGUUUGAAGAGUUCUGAUUGUCCACAAACUUUGAACUACCGUCUUCAUAUUAAUUGUGGUGGGAAAGAAGUGACUGUCGAUGGAAAUACCAGAUAUGAUGCUGAUACAGAUGCGGCAGGACCUUCAAAAUUCUUCAUUAGUAGAAAUUAUUGGGGAUUUAGCAGCACUGGCCACUAUUUGGAUGGUGGCAGCUCUAGUGAAACUUAUAUUCGGCCCCGCUAUACAUGCAAGCGCGUCUUUCUCCCCUGUCUAUACAUGCAAGCGCGUCUUUCUGCCCUGUCUCUAACUUACUAUGGAUUUUGUCUGGGAAACGGAAACUACACAGUCAAACUCCACUUUGCAGAGAUAAUGUUCAAUGAUGACAAAACAUAUAGCAGCUUGGGCAGGCGCAUAUUUAAUGUUUACAUUCAGGGAAAGCUGGUGCUGAAGGAUUUCAAUAUCGAGGUUGCAGCUGACGGCGUUGGUAAGGCAAUUACGAUACCAAUAGUUAAUGUUUCUGUCACCAGCAAUACUGUGGAGAUCCGUUUCAUCUGGGCUGGGAAAGGAACGACUGCUCUCCCUAAUAAAGGAGUUUAUGGUCCUCUAAUAUCAGCUAUUUCUGUUGAUGCUGAAUUCACUCCCCCAUCAGAAGGAAGCGGUACUCCCCCAUCAGAAAAUAGCAGUAGUAUAACUGCAGGGGCGGUCAUUGGAAUCGUUGCUGGGGCAGUGGUUACUAUUAUCCUGAUUUUGGGUAUCCUUUGGUGGAAAGGCUGUCUAAGAUGGGAGAGUACACUGGAACAAGAUCUUAAGGGUCUGGACUUGCAUACUGGUUCCUUUACUUUGAGGCAAAUUAAAGCUGCCACAAACAACUUUGCUGUAGCUCACAAGAUUGGAGAAGGUGGCUUUGGUCCAGUUUACAAGGGCGUCUUGGCAGAUGGUACUGUAAUUGCAGUUAAGCAGCUUUCUUCCAAAUCAAAGCAAGGAAAUCGAGAGUUUGUGAAUGAGAUCGGCAUUAUUUCUGCUUUGCAACACCCUAACCUUGUAAAGCUUCAUGGAUGUUGUAUUGAAGGAAACCAGUUAAUGCUAAUUUACGAGUACUUGGAAAAUAACAGCCUUGCUCGAGCCUUAUUUGGUCCAGAAGAACAUCAGUUGAAGUUGGAUUGGCCAACAAGGCACAAGAUUUGUGUUGGUAUAGCAAGAGGUUUGGUUUAUCUCCAUGAAGAAUCAAGGUUGAAGAUUGUGCAUAGAGACAUAAAGGCCACUAAUGUGCUUCUUGAUAAGGACCUGAAUCCUAAGAUAUCUGAUUUUGGUUUGGCCAAGCUAGACGAAGAGGAAAACACCCACAUAAGCACUAGAAUUGCUGGAACAUUGGGUUACAUGGCACCAGAAUAUGCAAUGCGAGGUUAUUUAACUGAUAAAGCAAACGUUUAUAGCUUUGGAGUUGUUGCCUUGGAAAUUGUUAGUGGAAGGAGCAACAGUAGUUUCCAGCCAAAGGGGGAAACUGUUUAUCUUCUUGAUUGGGUUCAUGUCUUAAAAGAGAAAGAAAACUUAAUGGAUCUAGUUGAUCCAAGAUUGGGCUCAGACUUCAACAAGAAAGAAGUGAUGGUGAUGAUCAAUGUGGCUCUCCUGUGCACCGAUACCUCUUCUGCUGUUAGGCCGACAAUGUCUUCUGUUGUAAGCAUGCUUGAAGGCAGGGCUGCUGUUCCAGACUCGAUUCCAAACUCAAGUGACUCCGUGGAUGAGGCCAAGCUUGAAGCAAUGAGAAACUAUUAUCAAUACAGUAGAGAACAAUCUAACGAAGGGAGCACGAGCCAAAGCCAGAGCCAGAUCCAGAGUAUGUCGAUCGACGGGCUGUGGACAGGUUCUUCCACAUCUGCAUCUGAUCUUUAUCCAGUCAAUCUGGAUUCAGAAUAUCUGAUUACUAGAAACUAGUUAUUAGAGAUGUCCAAAUUUUCUCCGCUUGGUUGAU